UAAUCUGAGCUGCAGACAGCAGCUUUAUUAUCAGGCAGUAGCAGCACUAUUGUAGGGCAGCAUUUCUCUCUCUCUUUGCUCUGUGAGCUGGUUUUGCCAUCCCUGCUUACCCUGUGAGACUGCUGGAAUUGCAUUUAAAAGGGAAAGAGGCUGGAGAGGAGCAAAGAACAACAGCUUUGUCAUCCAGAGGUGAUAAACUUGGACAGCGACAUCGAACACCUCAGAAACAGCCAUGACCCAGGGGAAGGUCUCGGUGACAAACAAACAGACCAAUGGGGCACAAGAAGGGACAAUGCCGGCAGCCCCACCCAGCUACGAGGAGGCGACGGCAGGCACCAGCCCCGGCGGCAGCGGGUAUUACUAUGGUGACACAGAGAUGCUGACAGAAUUCGGCUGGGAUGAUCACAACAUCCGACGGAUCUUCAUCCGUAAGGUGUACACCAUCCUGCUGAUCCAAUUGUUGAUCACUGUGGCCAUUGUGGCUCUCUUCACCUUCUGUGAACCAGUGAAGUACUACAUUCAGACCAAUCCUGGCUGGUACUGGGCCUCUUAUGCGGUCUUCUUUGUCACAUACCUGACUCUGUCUUGUUGCCCUGGACCAAGGAGGCAGUUUCCCUGGAAUCUGAUCCUACUGGUCAUCUUUACACUGUCUCUCUCCUAUAUCACAGGGAUGUUGUCCAGUUUUUACAACACCAAAUCUGUGAUCCUCUGUCUCACCAUCACCGCCAUGGUCUGUCUGGCCGUCACCAUCUUCAGUUUUCAGACUAAGAUUGACAUCACCUCAUGUCAGGGGGUCCUUUUUGUCAUGUGCAUAACCCUGUUCUUCUGUGGGCUCUUCUUGGCAAUAGUUCUACCUUUUGGAUAUGUCCCUUGGUUGCAUGCGAUCUAUGCCACAGUCGGAGCCAUACUGUUUACCAUGUUCCUGGCCUUCGACACACAGCUGCUUAUGGGGAACAGGCGCUAUACCAUCAGCCCAGAGGAGUACAUCUUUGCAACACUCAACAUUUACCUGGAUGUGGUCUACAUUUUCUCCUUCUUCCUCCAGAUGUUUGGAACAGAGCGAGACUGACCCGUUCCCCGCUGCCCUCAGAGCCCUCUACUCAGCCAUGCCCACUUCUGCUCAUCCUUGGUCCAUGACAUCAAGGCUCCUCUUCCCCCAUUUCAUUUACUCUCAUUCAGGUGCUCCUGCUGUUUACAGCAAAGUGUGGAAUAUAUUUGGUGUUGUGUUUAGCUUCUCUCUGCCAAACCAUUCUCCGCUCGAAUGCACUUUUCACCCCUAGCAACAGGAUGGGUUACGUUACAGUGUAUGCAUGCAGUGAUCUAGAAAAAAAAAAACUCUGUGGACUUCACUCUCAAAGGUAACCCAUGUCAGUUGUCUGUGUUGUUGAAAAAUGUUGCAAAUGUUUCCAUUUUGCGGAAAAAAAUGACGGAAUUGCUUUGAAUCGGCACUCAGCUGUUGAUGUCUAGAUCGAAUAGAGUUACAAUUCAGUAAAUCUUUGACUUCCUCUCUUCAGCUGUGUGUGUUCUACUCCUGCACAGUCCUGUCAAAGAGUGCAGCAUUGCCUGGGUAUCCUAUUGGGCUGGCUCUAAAAGAAAAUUAUGUCCUGUAGAAGAGCACAGAAAGGUGAUUGUAUGACAAAAAAGACUCCCUAAAUGGAUUCCUUUCACGUGCUUGAAACGAUAGCCAUUUUAAUAUGAAACUAUCAGUGAGUGUUGUUGGUCGUGAUGUUUCUGACCUCACUCCUUCCUUGGUAUAACUGGUGUUGUUUGCAAAUGGCCCAGUCCAGUUUUAAUUGUUGCAAUCUAAACCAACAGGCAGUCUUAAGGGAAGGAAAAAAACAAUCAAACCCUCCAAAAUGAAUCCAGGUCUGUAUCACUCUAUACUAACCUCUGGAAGGACAAAGUCACUCAGAUUAAUGUGGAGUGUUUUUUGACACCUUUUCUUCCUUCGAAUUUUGAUUUUGAUUUACUUUGUCUGUUACACUGUCUAAUAUGUGAGAGGGAUACAAGAGUCCAGCCGAGGAAGGGAGUGUCGGUCAGUCACCAAACCCCCAAACCGGUGACUUGUUUAUGGUAGCCAUGAUUGUUACAUUGUGUUUAUAUAACAGAAUCACGCAGCUAAUGUGUGACACAACAGAAAUCAGUACCAAUGACUGUAAUGUUUUUGUAUACAAAACAUGUGAUGUCAAGCACCACAUGAAAAAGAAGUUCGCACCGCAUUCACACCACAGUCCCGAAGUCAAGCUUGCUCAGACAGGAGUCAUUUUAUGUGCAGCUCUAUACAGGUGAACUGUAGGUACCCGAUUGACCAGCAGAGGUUGCUGGAGUGCAAUGAGACAGAUAAACCCUGGCCAACCUACCUGCCCCUAUCCUGGGGGGAAACAAAGAAAAUUUUGUUCCAGCGCUGUGCGCUCCAAGUCAUUGUUUGUUAAUGACACAGCGGGGACUGAACCCACGCCAUAGAGUUUAUCUUGCAGUCGAAGCAGACACCUUGAUCAUUAUAUUGACUCUAAUGGAACACUACUUUUUUAUUAUCCUGCAAAAACACAGAUCUGUGUCUGCACCUGAUGCAUAAAUCAGUGCCAACAUGUGGAAGUUUGGUUUGGGUUCUGGAGAAUGUUCUUUCUUAAGAUGUUUGUCAUUUUCUCCAGUGCAGUAGGUAGCAGUAAUACAAACACUUUGGUGUGGCCUGUCAUUUAACCCCUUAGAAGAAGAAACAGUGUGGCAGUAACAUCCACCUGCGGCAGCCCCUGACACUCUGGUACGCAUGGCACUUACCUUGCCUUUUUCAUGGUUUCUCCCAGAUUUGGCCUGUGGACACAACCUGCUCUGUCUGAAUUAUUAUCCAGUGACAUCUGUCAUCUUUGUCUUCACCAGAGAAUGAGGCUGUUGCAAACCAAACAUAUUGGCAAUUCAGUUUCUGACAGGUCUGCCAAUGGGAUACACAUGACUGCAGAGUGCAUUCCUUGUGUGCAUUGGAGUGUUUUUUUUUUUUUUUGUUACAGCAGUGCAAUACUUACAUGAUAAUGAUAAAUGUUGUCCCAUGUAAAAUUCCAGCUUGUUUUUCUGAACCGUAUUUUGAUUGGUAACAGAAACACAGCAGUUAAAACUAAUGCUGUGCACCACUUCCAAACUAGCAGCCAGCAGGGUCUGUGUACGGAUAUUUACACCAGUUAUAAUCCCAAAUGGAUCUGACCUUUUUUAUACAAAUAAUGCAAACAUUGAAUGUUUGUUGUAAUGUUAAUUUUUGCAGUUUUCAUUGAAUUGUUUUUUUCCUCACUUUG